AUGUCGAUGUUACAACCGUCGUCAUGUACCGGUUAUCAAUUGAAGUUACCUCAGAUACCACAGUUGGCAGAAUAUGCAUUGUUGGAUCAUUACACUCGUAAGAAAUUAUCCUUGGAACAUAGAACAGGUGCUGCAGUAGAAUUAUCAAGAGCUAAUCUAUUUGUGCAUGGAGGACUUACAGUUCCGUUGAAUAUUGAAAAUAUUACAGUCUUACAACUACAAAAAGAAUUGAUCAUAUAUUUCUCUAAAAAUAAUAAAAAUAAGAUUAGUUUCGAAAAUUUGAAUCAGUGGCUAAGUUCCGAAAUUUUCUUUCUGGAUUUAGUAUCGAGGACAUGGCAUCAUAUACAAACCACCAUAGACGACUCUGCACAGAAUCCAAACCUUGCAAUUCAAACAGAUCUGUUAUCUAAGGCUUCGCAAGUAUCACCAUUGGAAUCACCAAUGAAAGGGAGAUUGUUUCAUUCGAUUUGUUAUUUCGGUUCCACAAUAUAUGUCUUUGGGGGACUUGUAGUAUCACCUCAUACAGGUUAUGAAUUGAUUGCAACAAAUGAAUUGUGGAAAUUGGAUUUAAAGACGAGGAAAUGGUCUCUAAUGAGUAUUGAUCCCAGGAUUAAUAGAAGAUAUAGUCAUUCUAUGCAUGUCAAAAAUGAAAACGUAGAUACUCGUGAUACAAAAUUGAUUAUUAUUGGUGGGACGAAUAAUAUUAGUGAACCAGUAACUAAGAUAGAUAUAUUUAAUUUAACCAAAAAUUGUUGGCAAUGUGACGUAAUACCAAAGGAAAGUUGUAAUUUCGUGGUGAAUAUUGAUAAUGAAGCAAUUCCUCUAUCAAUUGAAAAUACUUUCUCAAUAUUGGUGGAAAACAAUGAAGCAAAAGUUCCAGCUUUAGUGAUAUAUAAUCCAAAUAAUCAAUUUGAUAAAGAUGGUAUACAAGAAAAUAGUGAUAACGAAGUCAAUGAAACCGAUGAUAGUCAUAUACCAAAGAGAUCCGACAGUAAUAAGAUGGUCUCCCCGAUGACAACUUUACCAUUAAUACCUGAAUCAAAAGGUAUGAGACUAGCUUAUAAUAACUUGCAAACUCCUGAUAUUCUAAGAGAAUCUUUUAAUCUACAAUUCCCUAGUGGACAAUAUUUUGGUUAUAAUAUUAUUAUUGGUGGGUUUUAUCCAAAUUGUAAUCCUUCGAACUAUUGUUGUUUUGUAUAUGAUAUCCCCUCAGGUAGAUGGACUCGUGUCAGUAUACGAAGCCCCAAUUCAGAAAUAGUUAAUAGUAGAUAUUGGAAAUUGUUCGUCUGGAAAUCACACCAUCAGACUCUCUUAUUAGGUACUACGACUAAUGAUAAUAAUUUACCAAGCGUUCAAAAAUUUGAUCAUAUUCUAGUUUUUGGAUUACCAUUGAUUAAUGCAUUUAAUAAGAUCAUCACACCACCUUACCUUAAUGAGAUGAAAUCGGGAUCUUUGUCCCUAAGUUCAUUUCAAUCUACGUUGGACGAUACAAUUCAACAACAAUUGGUAUUUAGCACAGAUGACCAACCAACGGCACGUAAUCCAAGUUAUGUAUCAGGUGCUACUUCACAAUUUGAAAACUACAUCAAGUACAUCGCACCUUCGUUUGAACUAUCAACCAUUAAAUCAACUUUCCCAUCAUUUGCCGUGGUACUUGGGAAGGAUUCUCUCGAGGUUUAUGGUGAUUCGCUCUCCGACUUUGAAUUUAUCACUAGUGAAGGGGAUAUUGUGAAAGUACCAAUGUAUCUUUUGAGGAAAAGAUGGGGUAGAUAUUUCGAUUUUUUGUUAUCUCAAGGUUAUUCCAAAAUCUGUUUAGAAAAUGAAUUGAAUGUUAAACGGUCAAUGUUAGUAAAAUAUACGCCGAUAUCAUCUAGGAUAACUUCACGUGCAAGUUCGAGACAAGAUUCGAUAGAUUAUUUUAGAGAUUCCACAAGAUCAUCCCUUAGUAGACUAUCUAAUAGAGGAUCACCACGAUCGAGUAAUGCAUUGGAACGAACAACAUCUGGGCCUCAUAAGUCACUCUCGCAAUUAUUUGUCAAUGAUGUGGAGGACCCAGCUAAAUACACUCGCAUGAAACAACCAUUUCGUCCUAGUGUCUCGGAGAAAGUUACGAUUGAACCACCAAUACCACUUUUGCCUCCAAAGGAUGAAGAUUUGGAUAUUAAUGAUCCUGUAUCCCCUCCUCCUGAUGAACACCUUCUUUCUUUAGAAAAAUUGACCGAUAAAGAUAACUAUCUCGGAGACAAUCAAAUUAAAAGAACAGGGACAACAUCAACAACAAGUUCCACUACAGGUAUGGUCUUCAGAGUUCCUUUUCAGGAAAAUAAGAGCCCCUCAAGUAUUGUCGAAUCACCAUUUCAUACGGUUACUGAUCGAAGAAGAAGGUCGUCAUUAAUGGAUACACAUAUUAGUGUCAAUGAUGAGCUUCAAACUUCUAGAAGGAAUUCGGCUUUCAAACAUCGUUCGUCACAUCCUAUUAACAACGUUAAAUUUGAAGAGAAUGUCCUUCCUCCCCAAAAAUUAAACAAGAAAUUGUUUGCAAAUUUUCCCACUAGUGCUAGGAGCUCAUUUUCUUAUGCUGGUUCCGUUUCUGAUAGAAAGAGAAACUCUUUACCUUCAUUAGGACAGAGAAGUACAUCUCCUGAAACACCGUUGGAUGUUAUGAAUGUAGAUUUACCACCGACUACGAAACUGCCUGAUGAACCUCUUCCAGAAGUUCCAAUUGUGAAAUUGGGUAAUAAUAGAAGACCUAGUGCUUCGAUUUAUGAUUUUACAAUGUCGAACAAGGGUAGUCCAUUCUCUUCUAGAAGAGCAUCAUUUGUUAGUGCAAGUAGUAAUCCAGAUUGGAAAGGCAUUGCCCCAUCGAUGAACAAUUUAACUCUUGAUGAGAAAUUGUUGCAAAAAAACGAAGAGUUAAAUCGUGCACAGCAAAGUGAAAGUAAUAAUAGGCAAUCUAUAAGUCAAUUAAGAUCUCGAAUGUUUAGUAAAAGUAGCACUUCAAGGGAAAAUAGUUUGAGUAAUAUUCCAAGUAUAUCAGAUAGGACGAGACCUUCAAUUGCAUCAUUUAGUGAAAGUAAUGAUAGUAUAUUAUCUACCGCACCUUAUGAUAUGGAACCAUUAUUAAUUCCCAGAUCUCUUUAUCUUCCAUGGCCCACUUCUUCUAUAAAAGCACUCUCGGAAUUUUUCUAUACGGGGCAAACAAAUGGUAAAUGGUUAUUGGCUCCGGUAGCACUGGAUUUGCUUGUCAUGGCUAAAUUGUAUGAGAUUCCUUUGCUGUAUACUUUAAUUGCCGAAAUGCUAUAUUCAAUUUUGGGUCGCAAGGAAGAAGGAUUAUUUGUAAGUUGUAUAACGUUGAAAAAUGGGCUAAUAAAGCAGAUUAAAAGGCUCUAUCGUGAUGAUAAUACAAGGAUUGAAGAGCACCUUGAAAAUGGUAAGGCCUAUAAAGAAUUAUUAAGGUUGAAUAAAGCAUUGGUCGAAAUAGAUAACGGUUUUUUAAAUUCUAGUCUUCUAAGAAAAUCAUCUUUUAACCGAUCAGAAGGGACUCAUGAUAGUAGUGAGUGUGACGAUUUAGAUAAACAAUUUCACAGAGCGUCAAGUACGGGAUCAUUUACUAAUUAUAGACAAUCUGUUAUUUCUUAUGGCUCAAAAGAUAGUAGGGGUUCAUUAGGUGCUGCAGGAUUUCCUCCUUCCUUAAAUUUUCAAGAGCAGAAAAACUCUGUAAGUGGUAUAAGUCCACGAAUUAAAAAGAAAUCAAGUUUAAGUAAAGAGAUAGACCCACAUUCCUACUUCCAAGGUAAUGCUCUCGAUAUUGAUAAGAUAAAAAAUAAAUAUCGCAAGGAUCUAUCUCAGGGAGAUGUUCAUAGGACUGAUGAUGACGCUAAUGAGUAUGAUUUUGGUGAUUUUGAUUUAGGUUUUGAAUUAAGUACUAGCAGCAGCGACGAAACUAGCGACGACUCAGCCAGUGAAGUUAGAAGUACGAAUAGUACAGAUAUCGAUUCCGGAGUAGAUCAUUCAAAGUCUAAUCCAGAGUUAGAAUCCCUUUCAACAAUUGUUGAUGCAAGAACUAGUCAAUCUGAGGAACAUGGAGACGAUAAUUUGGAUGACAAUAUAAAAAAACUAAGUAUAUCAACUCCAAGAAACAAGGCAGUUAAGACGUUGUUAAAUUCAUAUGUGGACUCUGGUCUUGGCAUGUCAUCAUUAUCACGAUUGAAGAAAAAAAUGAAGAAAGCUGAGGAGUAUGCGGAUGAUUCCGUAGAUCCUCUAUUUAAAAUAAGCUCCACUUUACAAAGUCCUGGAAGACCUCAAGUGGGUCCAAGCAGGGCAAAUAAUCAGGGGUCUGUUUAUGGUACAGCUAAGCCAGGGUUUAAAUCCCCAAAUAUGACGGUACCCGAUGAAGAUUAUAGUGUAUUGAGGCUUGAAUGUAUUGUUGCCGCGAAUGCUUUGCCACCGGUUGACCAUAUUAUAAAAUAUAUAUUUAAGACGGCAGUACUGGUGAACGACGUAAAGAUGACGAUCCGUUGCGCAGACUGUCUCGAAAUUUCGAAGGAUUUGAAAACUGUUAAAAAAGAACUAGCAAAAGAGAUUGCAGCAAUAAAAGAUGAAAUAAAAGCUAGUGUGACAGGAAGGGAAGAUGCCUUGUCACCAUUAAAUAAUCCAAGUGCAUAA